AUAGUGUUUUUUUUUACGACUAUUGUGGAUUUGUGCUUCAAAUGCCGGUUAUCUAUAUAUUCGUUGAUUGCUGAGAAUUUGAACAUACAACGAACAAUUUCAUAGAAGACAAAUUUAUCUGGGAUUUUAUCUGGGAUAUUGGAACGAGAAUUGGAGGAAAGAAGACUGGUGUCGAAAAUCGAAUCUACGUCUCGACGGUUCGAAACACGUGUUCUCGUUUUUUACAAGCGCGAGAUAAAAGGAUUAGAGAGAGAAAGGACAACGAUAGAGAGACAAACAACCGUUCAAACAUUUCAUUGAGAUUGUUCUUUGUAAUUAUGAAAAGGCUGUGAAUCGAGGUUACCUAUGUAUCGCGAAGAGAACGAGCAAAACAGAGCCGCGGACUUGGCUCCCCAACAACCGAGUGGUGCAAACACGUUCGAGCGUUUGGAACAUUCUCAGGAUAGCAAAAAUGGGGACGAUGGUCCUAAGAAGGUGCAAACAGACGCUUCCUCUUCAACGAAUACUCCAAAGCCGCGUGCACGGAAUUGUGCACGAUGUCUGAAUCAUCGGCUGGAGAUCACCUUAAAAUCGCACAAGAGGUACUGCAAGUACCGUACUUGUACCUGCGAGAAGUGUAAGAUCACUGCCAAUCGGCAGCAAGUGAUGCGGCAGAAUAUGAAGCUGAAAAGACACCUGGCACAGGAUAAAGUCAAAGUAAGAGUAGCGGAAGAGGUGGAUCCGCUCCCAUUUGGCGUAGAAAAUACAAUUUCUUCGGUCCCUCAACCACCUAGAAGUCUCGAGGGUAGUUACGAUAGUAGCAGCGGCGAUUCACCAGUGAGCAGCCACAGUAGCAAUGGCAUACACACCGGAUUCGGUGGUAGUAUCAUCACUAUACCCCCUACGAGAAAAUUGCCGCCGCUGCAUCCUCACACUGCGAUGGUCACCCAUUUGCCACAGACGUUAACCAGUGAAAAUGUGGAAAUUCUAUUGGAGCACAGUAGCAAACUUGUAGAACUUUUCCAGUAUCCUUGGGAAGCACUGUUAUUGAUGUACAUCAAUUUAAAAUAUGCAGGGGCUAAUCCGGAAGAAGUAGUGAGACGUAUGGUUGAUGUUUUAAUAAUCUUCUGUUUGAAGAAUUUUAUUUGGGAUUCUAUUUUGAACAAAAUUGUUUCGUUUAUAAAUUUAUUACCUACUUGAUUUUAUUUAUGAGAUUUUCACGAAUGAUUGUUUGAAAUUCAUUAAAUUCUUUCAAAAUUAUAUUGAAGAAAGAUUCUAAUAUAAAUUCAUUAUCGAUGAACCGAUUAUUCUUAUAUUUUUGUUGGAAAAAUGACAAGAGUAAAUUUAAUUUUGACGGUUUAAUGAUUAAAAGAUAGAUUUCUUUGUCGUGAAAUAGUUGGCGCAUGUGGAUAACGAAAUUGGCAACAACAUUUAUAUUUUAACAAUAUGUAAUAAAUUUUCUUUAUAUAUCAUGCACUUUUAUUAAAGUAAAAUGAUGAAAUUGUAGAACAUUAAUAAAUUAAAUUUUUUUGAUAGUAUAUAAAUCAAAAAUUAUAUUACAUAUUAUUCCAAAGAACUAUUUCUAUUAUUCGGAUUUUAUUUCUGAUAAAACAUUAUAAAAUACAAUGGUGCACUAAGUUUCUCGAAAAUAAAUUUAGAGUCGAGGACACAGGUGUUAAAACCAUUACAAUAAGAUUUAUGCUUCCAGCAUAUAUUUGUUCAUAUCAAUUUCGUUGUAUUCGUCACUCUUAACAAUAAUAUCGAAUCAAAAUUGAAAUGCAGAAAGUGAUCAUUUAUAAAUGAUGAUUACACAAUUUAUUAUAUUUAUUCAACACGCGAAGAUUUGUUACAAUUAUAUUUUCAUUGGAAGAUAGAAUUUAAUCAUCAUGAAGAUAUAUACCUAUAUGAAUAUCAACCGAUUGUAUUCAACAAUGUAAGAUUUAAAUGGAAUUUAAAGCUUGCGGUCUACAUCUUGUACGUCAUAACACCGGUGCCUAUGGUUGCCUGGGGCGCAUAUCAUCCUGAUCACUGCGGCUCUUUCGAACAACCUCUUCUGAAUGAGAUAUAAAUAAACCGACCAAAUUGCCACUUUAUUAUUCAUUAACGCGUUAACUGCCACCGUGACCAUCUGUUACCGCUGCCUGUCUUCGCGCAAUCAGUGUUGGCCUCGUGUGAUCACUGGUUACACGAAUUUUUACACGUUUUAAAACAAUUUUAUUACCGCUAUAUUUUACCAAGAUUAUUAUUGUUAUUACCAUUGAUUUGGAAAGUGUGAAACAAAAGUGGGACAAACGAUCGCAACCCGUGCAAUAUUUUAUAAAGUUUUUGCACGUUUCCUUUUCUUCUCUCUAUUCAUAGCUUGCAGAUUUUCAUCAUUACAAAGUUAAAUUACAUUCCAAAUAUCUAUUGUUUCAAGUUAGUUCUCUCUCGGUUAGAUUUUUCUACAUUUUAUGAUUGUUUAUACGUUAUACUAAUGAUAUAUCGAUGUACGUUUUAAAAUUACUGUGACUUUAUCAGUAAUUUUACAGGUAUUUUAUGAAAUAUUUUAUGAAAUAUAGAAUUAUGACAAAGUCAUUUUUAUUUGUGUGCAAGAAAUAUUGUAUUUAUUAUUUUUAUUUAUCGUUAAUUUGUUUAUUUAUUUUUUUUUUUUUUUGCAUAGAAUUCUUAUUAUCAUAAUAUAUCUAUAAAAUAUACGUGAUAACAAUUUGCCAAUUAUAGAAUUAUUCGGACAAAAUUUUCACAAGCAUGGGUAAACAUAAAUAUAGAAGUAAUUUUAUUAUUAAUUCUUAAUGACAAUUUAUUUUAUUUAUACGAUCAAUAUAAUUGCUAUUAUUUUAGAUUAAUAUUCUAUAUAUUUUUCAAACCUAUUGAUUUCGUACUCGUUGCAAAUAGUAUAUUCAAUUUUUAUUUAAAUCGCGAGGAUAAUUGUAAAAUUCUUAUUACAUCUCAUUACACAAGUAAGAAGACAAGAAUGAUAUACGAUGUGAGGAUAAUGCGCAACGAAUGAGAUUCAGCUGUUCUUAACGCUAUUUAUCUUAUGAACUCAGCUAGUGAAUAUUACACCUAGCAACGAAAUCCGUAACAUGCACUUCUUGAAAGCAAUCAGAAUGUCCCAACCUAGUCGUGCGUUCCGCUGCACCGCGGCAUGUGCCGCACCCACGGGGCCGCCAACGGGACCUCCGACAUACGAGGGUGAUGUGCCCUUCAUAGGGGUUGGACCACCCCCGAAUCCCAUCCAUUUCAGGCCGUUUCUUCAUCCCGAGAAUGCUCAUAUACCGGCUACCAGACUACCGUCCAGCCCAGAUGGUCCUCCGAAACAUACGUAGCCUCGAUCGAUUAUUCGUCCAUUCAAUGAGGUAAAAUAUAUAGAAGAACAGGUCAAAUCCAAAGAGGAAUGAUUAUAUCGAAGAAAGAAAGAAAAAGAAAAAGCGGAAGGCCCGAAAAAUAAUGGGAAAGAAGUUUCGUUACGGAGCGUUUCAUUCUGAUCAUCAUUCUCUUGAAACAUCACUUCUUUCCUCGAAACUUGGGUGGCGCGAAAUUAAAAUUAAAUUUAAAAUUAAACCGUGACGUUAUAUACAUUUUUGGAAAAAGUAUUACGUUCCUCGUUUCUCUCUUGUACCGUUACUUGUGACCAUAUCGACUAUUUACUUUGUGACUAUUGUGACCAGUUUACCUGUUAAAUCAACGAAACAAUUGAGUUGUUAGAUCGAUUAAACGAUUAAAUUUUUCUCACUAAUGUUUCUAAAAAUGUUUCUGAGAAAAUGUUAAAAAUGUACGAUUAAGAAAGAACAUGUGUCGUUCACGGUCGAUUGACAAAGAGAUAGGGAGAUAGAUCGAUGUUCCAUCAAUGUGAAAAUAACAGUGUUGCGAUUCAAAUCCAUGUUCCGAACACAAAAGGAAUCUGUCGGUUUAAAAAAAAACGAGAGGAAGGGAGAGAGAAAGAUACAAAGUGCAUUGUGUUCUACAGCCUUCCUUCAGUUUUGUUCCUCUUCUUCUUCUUCUUCUUCUUCUUUUUUUUCCUAGACUCACCAAGAGAGGAACAACAGAAACAUGAAAGUUUUUUGCGAGUGGAUCGUGGGAUACCGAGGUUCAUGGACAACAUGUACCUCGGGCAUCCCUCGUCCUUGCACGUCCUUCGGUUCGCUGAUCGAAUCUGCCACCUUCACUUGUUCCUUCUCUCCUUCUUCCUUUUUUCCUCAUCCUCUCUCGUUCCUCUUCGCGGUCUCCUCCUUUUUAUCUAUUUUCAUCCUUCAAUUUGUUCCUUUCAUUAAAUACAUUUCCUCUUUCGCCCUUCUCUUCUAUCUUUUUCCUUUUUUUCUUUUUUUAGAAUAUUCUCUUUCUCUCUUUCUCUCCCUUCUCCGAUUUCGCAACGCGUUGUUAAAGCACGAAACGAGAGAUUCAAGAUAGAACUCGUUCGAUAAAGAAUAGCCGACCAGUUGUUUAAUCGCACGUGAAUGAGAUCGCUCAACAAUCUUUUCGAGUAUCGUCGUGUGUUGUAAACCCGGCCGUGUAUGUAUAACCGCCGACGGCUCUUUUCGGCUGAGCUACUUUGAAAACCCUUAGUCAUGUUCAAUUUUGCUCUCGUGGUUUUUGCUCCUUUCUAAAGGAACGUGAUUCCAGUCUGUCUGCGGUGAGGAUGACAAGCGCGUCGAUGAUCACGCUUCUCUUCUUUGUUAUAUACGUGGAGGAAGCGCGAUUUCGUGGAAUAUCCCUUAUUAUUAUUAAUUUGUAACAUGGAAUUUCGAGUCGUAAGAGAUCCCUCUCGAGACUAAUUUCGUAUAUUCAAUUCUUGAUAUCGUGCGACGAGGUUGGUUCACGCGUAUUUAAAUGAGCCACGAUCGUGGGAACGUGUGAUGCGAAAAGGACACGUUAGCAGAUUGAACGCAGCGAUUGAAAGAUAACGCGGAGAAUGACGUCGAGGAAAAUGUGCGAUGAGAUCGAUCGAGAAAUUUCAUCGAAUUUCAUUAUUUAGAUGCGUGCGCUAAUUGUACGCUUGUGUAUAUCAUAUAUAUGUAGUGUUGUACGUGUCUCGGAAGAAGUCGUGUGAAAGAAACGCAGGUUUUCUAUUGGUUAUUUCGAAUCAAUUAAAAUUGGAACUUCUAAUUGAUCAACAAGCCUCAUAAGUUUCUGUAAGUAAAAUCGUCCGUCCCACGUGACUUCUUGUAAACCAUACACAGUAGUACAUAUUAAGAUUUCAUUUUUUUGAACGGAUUCUCUCGUCCAAUGUGUCGAAACAUUGUGAUUUAUUCGAUUUAUUAUUAUUCAACGAACGUCGUCGACACAUCUUGAACUAGUUGUAUUCCUGGCCGAUCAGAGUAAUACAAUACACCGAACGAGAGAAUUCAAAUAAUUAAUCGAACCGUUUUAGAUCCAUCGAUAUUGAACAUGAUUUGGAUUUGUUGGAAUAACUUCGCCAGUUCCUUCGCUCGAUUCCAUGUACACGAACUCUUGUUACAUUAAAUCGGGCAAGUUUUCGGACGGAUCCGCGCGAAACUGGUCCAAUUAACAUUGACCAGAACUUAUCGUUCUUGCCAAUACGUUACGUUAUUAAAUGUUACAGAUCACACAUGUGUUGUAUCGCGAAAUAGUAGACAACCCCAUGUUGUUGCACCCGUAAUGCAAUUAAUUGUAUCUAUAAUAUUUGCACUUGUGCAAACGCGUGUCGUAAAAUACACACGUGCAAUUCUGCAAAAAGAUCUUAAUUGCGGAACGCAAGAGAACGUAAACAGAGAAAUGUUUGUUUAGAGAACUGGCCAUUUCGUCCUCUGACAAAUUAAUUUUCAAAUAAGAAUACCAAGGUUUGUAUCUUUACGCUAUUUUCAUUCUAACUUCAUUCUCUCCUGUCGCCUGAUUUUGUCUCUCCUUCGUUCUCUCCCAAUCUUCGCCUCUUCUUUUCUCGUCUGCUUUGCUUUUUUCCCCUUUUUUUCUUUUCCUUUUUUUUUUUUUUUUUUUCGUAUGAACACCUUCCAAGCAAAACUCCAAUAUCGAAACACGAUUGAUUGUUACCUAAGAUAUUCUUGUAACGAGCAUGCAACCACUAGUGUGCAACCAUCAGCCUGCAUUUCAUUUGCACGCCAUUGGCUGCCCCUUCAUUGUAUCCACAAAAACAGACCAAUUUGGUUACGCGAAGAAAUUGCACUCUUCUUGUUCAUGAUUAUUGAGAAAACGGAAGUUGAUCUUCGGUAUAUUUUGACCAAACGAAAUAGCUGCAUACCGUGCGCGAAUACAGGGAAUGAUGAGGCGAUUAAUGAUCGCGAUUGCGAGAAUCGAUACGCGUGCAUCUACGUGUAAAAUUAUGCCACGAACCAAUCAAGAAAGUUGUUUCGUGACUGUUCUAAGGGAAAUGACACGCAUGGUGUACGCUCGAGGUUAAGAGAACAGAAUCCCGCCUUCUCAUGCGAAUAAUUUAUGGGUAGAACGAUUCGUUACUGAAAUGAUAUGGCGGAUCGAAUGGAAACCGAUAAAGAUAUUCGAAAAAUGUCUUUAUUCGAUCUUUUUUUUUUUUUAUGCAAAAAUUAAUACUAAGAAUGAGAUACUCGAGCCCUCAAACUUCGAAGACUCGAAACUUUUUAUUAUAAAAUUUUUUGUGACUCGAAACUCAGGAAUAAUUCGUAUAAUGAUAAAUUUAACUUAUGAAAAUUUGUGUAAAGAACAUUUAACUUUUUACGAAAUCAAUGAAAUAAUCGCACUUGUUGGCCGUUGGCUGAUUAUGAAUCUGAGUUUCGAAGAUUGUAGAAAUCAAAAUUUGUUAUAAUUUUAAUUUUUGACGAAAAAGGGAAAAAGGAGAUGUAUAAAUAUUCAAAUGGAAAUCGGGUUUGGAAGAUUUCAUCUCCAAUUAAUGAACGUAUGAAAAAAUUACUGGCGUGCGCAAGAUGCAAUAGAAGAAUUGUGCGAUCGAUUUGUAAGGCGUCGGUUUUUUUUUAAAUUGCUUGUUGGUAAUUAUAAUAUUUUCAGAAAUUAUUUUAAUGUAAAAAGAAUUCUGUGUGAUAGGAUGAUUAUUAAAGAGCACUGUUUGGAAGGUCGAGUACAGAGAUUCCUUCAAUAAAUCUUAUGUGAUUCUGAAUCUUUGAGAUGACUAUAUUACGACGGCAUUGAGUUCUAUAGAUAAGAGAAUAAUUAAAAAAGAUGAUUAUUUUGUGAUAAGAAA